AUGGCCCCGGGCCCAACCCCACCUGCCAGGGAGAACGUGGAGGUGCUGCCGUCGGGGGAGCGGCAGCAGGCCAACCAGAAGCGCAUCACCACCCCCUACAUGACCAAGUACGAGCGCGCGCGUGUGCUGGGCACGCGGGCGCUCCAGAUCGCGAUGUGUGCCCCUGUGAUGGUGGAGCUGGAGGGGGAGACAGACCCCUUGCUGAUUGCCAUGAAGGAGCUCAAAGCACGCAAGAUCCCCAUAAUCAUCCGCCGAUACCUGCCAGAUGGGAGCUACGAAGACUGGGGUGUGGAUGAAUUAAUUAUCACAGACUGAUCAAAGCUGUUGCUUUUGGUUCUUCCUUCCACAGCAGAUGUUUCUAUUUUUGUUUAUAUUUGUGUAAAUAAAUUGUAAAC